CACACACAUCAUGAAUGUAGUGAAUUGAGUCUCACCUGAAUCCGCUAGCAUUGAUAAUGCUGUUUCUGUUCAACCACUGAAUCUUUGACUCUUUAUUUAUCUUUAUUCUUUAACUAGACGAAUAGUUUCCUCCUUUGUUCUUGAACGAAACACAUUAAAUCCAACAUCGUUUAUUCUGCCUUAUCUGCAAGAAACUAACGACCUCACUUCCGCUCUUGCGCUUUACACCACAAACCAAAAUAAAAGUCCCCCGUCUGGACUUGUAGCAUGCAAGACAUGUAGGAACUCGCGGUUUAUUUUUUUUUUUUAUUUUAAUAAUUGGCGCUGUCUGAUAAUUUUCUGGCAUAAAUUAAGGAAAAGACAGGAGCAGGUCAGCGUUUGAAGGCUUUGCAUCUGAAGCAGGAGUUUGUCUCAAACUGCGCUCCGGAAGCUGCGCGCGUUACCAUGGCGACCGCAGCGCGUCCUGUUUGCGCCACUGUUGUUGUUGUGAUGCGCUCCUGAAGCUUUGUAAGCGUGAGAUGAUCGGACUGCAGCUUUGAGAUCAGACAUGCUGUCCAGCGCGCCGCCCGCCAGCGGCUUCAUCCACAAACCCGUCCUGAGCGAGAGGAGGCUGCAGUCUGAGGCUGUGAGGGCCACCGAUCUCUCUCGAGUGCUUCAGCUGCUGCAGGAUCCGCUCUCAGCCUCUUUAAAAGAAAGGCAGAUUUUCAUCUUGAAGAAGGUGGUAAAACGAUGCCAGCGUGGAUUUCUUUUGAGGGACCUCGCUGACAUUUUUAAGAUUGUGAACCUUUGUGCUGAACGAGUGUCCGAUCAUCCGGAAUAUGCCCGAAUCCUCUGUGAUUUACUGCAGAUAUGCGGGCUUCCCUUCUUGAAGGAGAAAUCGUCUGAUGAGAUGAAGUACGCCGCUGUGGUGACAGACUGUGUGUCUCAGAUGGGUUUUCUGAUGAGGAUCCCGCUGCCGGAGGUGCGACGUCAGAUCUGUUCAUCUCUGAUCACCUUCUACAGCCGCGACAAACACAAACACAGCUCUGACGGUGUGUGUCCCACCCGUGCUGACUACAGAGCUCUGAUGCUGGAGCGCAGUGGUGUUUCUGAGACGCUGGUCAUGUCUCUGGCUCUGACGGAGGAGCAGCUUUCAGUCAAACUGUGUCUCCUGCAGACGCUGCAGAUCCUGUCCAGAACAUCAGAAGUCAACUGUAAGCUGAUGCUGAGAGCUCAGGCUGCGCAGAAGAUCUGCUUCCACAUGAGUGAAGGAGAUCCGUCUGGAGAGCUGCUCUUCAGAUCCUCCGAGAUCCUGUGGAACCUGCUGGAGAACGGCUCUCGACAGGAAGUGACCUCACAGCUCAGCAGCAUUGACUGCAUCGCAUCUCUGAAGGACGCGUUUCUCCAUCUGCUCCUGAAGGGUUUCCGUCAUCAUGAGCGUCAGCUGAGGAACGACCUGCUGCUGCUGCUGUCUCUGAUCGCCGAGAAGCCCGGCGCUCCUCUGAUCGAGAGCGGCUUCCUCAAGCAUCUCACGCCCUUCCUCACGUUUCCUGAGCUGAAGAGCCACAAUCCUCUGGUGAGAAACCUCAAGCUGUCCUUCAACCAGGAGGACUUUGAGAUGAAGAAGCUCCUGCUGAACAUCAUGGUGGUGCUGUCGAGAGAUCUCUCCGCGCUGCAGCUGUUCAGAGAGGGCCGUGUGAUGCUGGCUCUGGUGCUGCUGGUGAAGCCGAGCUCGUGUGCGGAGCGCAGCGGCAGACACAGACGCAGAUGGACCUCCAGCCAGCAGGAGGAGCUGCAGCUGCAGGCGCUGUCCACACUGAGCUCGCUGGCUCCUCUGAUGCUGGACGAAUACAUGACGUGUCAGGCCAACACCUGCCUGCUGCUGCUGCUCGACUGCUGCCUGCAGCACGACUCCUCCAGUGGGCGGGGUCAUGGUUUCCAUGGCAGCGGUGGGCGGGGCGGGAGGAAGGCUCUGCUGCGCUACUGUGUGCGUGCGCUCAGAUCCGUGACGUCUGUGGAGCACGAGCCGCUCCGGCAGGAUCUGUGUGAUCAGGGAGCCAUCGGGCAGCUCUUGGGUGUGCUGCGCUGGUUCCUGGGGAGGCCGCAGGACGAGGACGCUGUGGCUCUGGAGAUCCAGACGGACUGUCUGUUCCUGCUGUCUGUGCUCUGUGAGGGAGACGUACACAGGAAGGAGCUGUUCGGCCGUGACGGGGUGGAGGUGCUGAUCCAGUAUCUGAGUCUGGACGCCGCGCUGGUCUUCAGCGGUCUGGGUCAUAAUAAACUGCUGCUGUCCACCGUCGACUGUCUUUGGUCCUGUGUGGUGGGGUGUUUGGGAGCGGAGGAUGUGUUCGUGGAGCGCCGCGGCGUGGAUCUGCUGCUGCAGCUGCUGCAGCGGAGCCCCAGACGCAUGCUGUCUCCGCUCGUGUCCGCGCUGCUGGAGCUGUGUGAGAAUCCCCAGGCCGUCACACACCUGCUGCGCUGGAGCGGAGACAGAGACGCCAGCGCGCCGCAGCUGCUGCUGCACAUCUGGAGGAGAGAGGAGGAGACCACGGGCGUCUCACGAGACCCACACGGCUUGAUCACAGACGUGAAGCGGCCGAUUGUCUCUCGGCAUCAGGAUCAAUCUUCAUCAUCGUCAUCAUCAUCACAUGAUGUCAGUGCUGCUGUCAGAGACGUGUCAGAAAACCUGCGUGCAAACAUCUACUGCAUCUUCUGCAAACUGGGAUUUGAGCGUCUGUCAGGUUUGAGUGCUGAAGAUCACGUCACACUCAGCAUCAUCCACCGGUACCUGGACUUCAAGGUGCGUCACCGGCGGUGUGUGUGUGUGUGUGUGUGA